GUUGUCACCGGAAUCUAUUUUCAGAUAUGGCGGGAAAAAUGGCAGAUCAAGAAAUGGAAAUAGAUAUUCCUCCAACAAAGACAGCAUCAAAAUCUGGAGGAUCUCAUCAACAUGAACAGCCGUGGGUUGAAAAAUAUAGACCGAUAAAGCUGCACGACAUAGUUGGCAACGAAGAGACAAUUAGUCGCCUUGAAGUUUUCGCCAGAGACGGAAAUGUUCCAAAUCUGAUUAUUGCAGGUCCUCCUGGAACUGGAAAAACCACAAGUAUAUUAUGUCUUGCCAGAGCAAUGUUGGGACCUUCAUACAGAGAUGCUGUCCUAGAAAUGAAUGCAUCAAAUGACAGAGGUAUUGAUGUUGUGAGGAACAAAAUCAAGAUGUUUGCACAGCAGAAAGUUACACUGCCCAAAGGAAGACACAAAAUUAUUAUUCUAGAUGAAGCAGACAGUAUGACGGAUGGAGCCCAACAAGCUCUGAGGAGAACUAUGGAGAUCUAUUCAAAGACCACUAGAUUUGCAUUAGCCUGCAAUGCCUCGGAAAAAAUCAUUGAGCCCAUACAGUCACGGUGUGCAGUUUUACGAUACUCCAAACUGACUGAUGCUCAAGUGUUGAAGAGGCUGCUGGAAGUAACUGAGGAAGAAUCUGUUAGUUAUACUGAUGAUGGCCUAGAGGCCAUAGUCUUUACAGCCCAAGGAGACAUGAGGCAGGCUCUCAACAACUUACAGUCAACAUUUCAGGGUUUUGGACAUGUUAACAGUGAAAAUGUCUUCAAAGUUUGUGACGAACCACAUCCCAUGUUGAUUCAGGAUAUGCUUCAACACUGUGUUAAUGGCAAUGUGGAGGAAGCUUACAAAACUAUGGCACAUCUCUGGAAGCUGGGAUACUCAGCAGAAGAUAUAAUCACCAUUAUCUUCCGAGUAUGCAAAAACCAGAAUAUCCCAGAAUUCCUGAAACUUGAAUUCAUUAAAGAAAUCGGAUAUACACACAUGAGGAUUGCAGAAGGUGUUCAAUCCCUGUUACAGAUGUCAGCUUUGUUAGCAAGACUGUGUAAAAAAUCUGCUAUGCCAGGAAUGAAAGGAUAACACGUGAAUGAUAAAUAAACUUCAUAAUUUUUCAUAACUUUGAAGAGGUUGAAUAAAAUUAAUAUAAUAAGCUUUA